AUGGGAGACCAGAAGGAGUCUCUGCGCAAGAUCACCCACACACUUGCCACCAAGAAUGAAGAGAUCUCAAAUUUUGUCUGCACUCUCAAACAGAGCCUCGACAACCUGGAAGCCAACUCCACCCGAGUCCAGGAGGACCUGGAGUCCGAGUUCAACUCCCUCCACUCGGUUCUGGAUGAGAUGAAGGAGAACAUGUUAACGCGCAUUAAACAGGAACGAGCCAGCCGCACGUAUGAGCUGCAGAGUCAGCUGAGUGCUUGUUCCAAAGCACUGGAGAGUUCAGAAGAGCUGCUUGAGCUAGCCAAUCAUACGCUUUGCUCCUCUGGGACAGACGGGUUCACGCAGGCAGCCAAAGACAUUAAGGAUAGCGUGACGAUGGCUCCUGCCUUCCGCCUCUCAUUGAAGGCCAAGGCCAGCGACAACAUGAGCCACUUGAUGGUGGACUUCAGCCAGGAGAAAGUCCUGCUGCAGGGUCUUAAGUUUCUUCCAGUUCCAGCCACGCCAGAAAUCCAGCUGUCUGAGUGCCAAGUGUGCGACAACACAGUAACUGUCGUCUGGUCACUAGCGGAGCCCGAUAGCAAAAUUGACCACUAUAUCCUGGAGCAUCGGCGUACCAACCACGAGGGUCCACCACGCGUCAGAGAGGACUACCCUUGGAUGGUUGUGGAGGGCAUACGCGACCUGGAGUACACACUAACAGGUCUGCGCUUUGACACACGCUUCAUGACAUUCAGGGUGAGGGCAUGUAACAAAGCAGUGGCAGGAGAUUUCUCCGAGCCCGUCACACUGGAAACCCAUGCAUUCACUUUUAAACUGGACUCAGCAUCAGCCCACCAGAACCUGAAGAUAGAGGACCUGAACGUGGAGUGGGAUGGCAGUGGAGGAAAAGUCCAGGACAUUCGCAAAGAAAAGACCCGUACCAGCUCCCCCAUGCAGUCUCCAGCCAGGUCUGCGUCGGCGCUGAUGUCGCCAAAACGAGUACCAACAGCCCGUCCCAACAGAGACCGCUUCACAGCUGAGUCCUACACAGUGCUCGCCGACACGGCUAUUGAUGCCGGCCAGCAGUACUGGGAGGUGCGCUUUGACAAGGAGAGCAAGGCCUUCGCCGUGGGCGUGGCGGUGCGCACCCUCGGCCGCUUUGACCAGCUAGGGAAGAGCAGCGCUUCCUGGUGCAUCCAUCUGAACAACUGGCUCCAACAGAGUCUCACCGCCAAGCACAACAACAAGGCCCGGACGCUGGACUGUCCCAUCCCAAGCAGUAUAGGAGUCUACUGUAACUAUGAUGAAGGUGUGCUCUCCUUCUUCAAUGCCAAAAGCAAGCAGCUGAUGCACACCUUCAGGACUAAGUUCCAGCAGCCGCUCAUCCCGGCGUUCAUGGUUUGGAACGGUAGCUUCUCGGUGGUGACGGGCCUGCAGGUCCCCAGCGCGGUGCAAAGUGGCCAGAGGAAGAACAGCGGCACCAGCAGCUCCAAUGCUAGCCUCACCUAG